AUGCGAAGGCUGAUGUGUUCCCAUUUUCGAUGGAGAAGGAAUGGUUUCCAGGGAUGGAGAUGGUGGUGGUGGAGACAGGUUGGUGGCGGAGAUGCAGCUGGCACAGAUAAUGCCUUGGUUUAUAACGGGAACAUAGUGAGACAGGUGGCUGGCAAUUUCGGCACUCCUAAGAGGCCAAGGGCAGGGCUCAAGGUAUUCUUGUUGGGUCUGUUUGAUGAGAAUGAGAAGGGUGAACCGGAGUAUGAGAGGCACUUCGGUAUCUUCAGGGCUGAUGGCGCAGAGGCCUAUGACUUGAUCUUCGGAAAGUAUCGGGAAGAAGCUUGGCAAUGUUUUCUCCUUUGCUUGAGCAGAAUCUGUCAAGAAACGGCUAGCACAAAACAGUUCCGAUGCUUAUUUUCCUCUGUUCUUGCAGUGGCUGCACAGAUCGGGAUCUGCUAUGGACAAGUUGCAAACAACCUUCCACCACCUUCCAUAGCCGUGAAAAUUCUCAAAGACAAUAAGAUACCGAAUGUCCGCCUGUUCAACACCGAGCCCACAACUUUGGCCUCUUUCUCUGGUUCUGGGAUAAACUUAACUAUCGGAGUCCGCAACGAAGAUCUCCAUGAUCUUGCUUCCGGGAACACUGGGACCUCCCUCAGGUGGCUCCAGUCCAACAUCUUCCAACAUGUCCCUCCAGAGCAGGUCCAAUAUAUUGCUGUCGGGAACGAGGUCUUCCUAAAGGACCCAUACUACACUCCGUAUGUUGUGCCGGCUAUUUUAAAUCUCUUCCAAGCUCUAGGAGUCCUAGGACUCUCGGGAAACAUUAAGCUGUCGUCUCCUCUGGCGGCUUCAGUUCUCUUGGACACUUACCCUCCGUCCUCAGCGAGAUUCGACCCGGAUCUACUAUCCUAUGUUAAGCCUCUCCUGCAGUUCCUUCAUGACACGGGCUCGCCUUUCAUGGUGAACGUGUAUCCCUACAUUAGCUACACAAACAAUGCAAAGUUCAUCUCCUUGGACUACGCUUUGUUCAGAGGAGGAAGUGCACUCCGGGAUGGAGAUUUGACCUACACGAACCUGUUUGAUGCGAGCAUUGAUGCGUUCUCAUUCGCGAUGGAGAAGGAAGGGUUUCCGGGGCUGGAGAUGGUAGUAGCGGAGACUGGUUGGCCAACAGGUGGUGGAGAUGCGGCGGGCACAUAUAAUGCCUUGGUCUAUAAUGGCAACUUAGUGAGACGGGUGGUGGACAAUGUCGGGACUCCUAAGAGGCCAGGGACAGGGCUCAAGGUUUUCUUGUUCGGUCUGUUUGAUGAGGAUGAGAAGGAUGGACCAGAGUAUGAGAGGCACUUCGGUAUCUUCCGGGCUGAUGGCGCAAAGGCCUAUGACUUGAUCUUUUGGUAAAUAUUAGAAGGAAACGUGGCACGCUUCUUUGCUUGAGCAGAAUCUCUGCAUCUUUUGGGACUUCCUGCCACGACUCUUAUGCAAGGUUUUAAUGUGUCUAGUUAAAGAACCAGAUCGCCUCUGGAUCGG